UACAUUGUGACAUUCCAAUUAUUAUUUGAGCACAACACAAGUUUUUUAUCAACUUUAUUCUUACAUUUAGUGCUUGAAAUCAUGACUUCUGCUGUCACUGACUACUGUAGAUCCUUGGGGGCGAAUGGACGACAACUUCGUUUGGCGGGUCAUGUUGGAUUUGACAGUUUACCCGAUCAACUCGUAAAUAAAUCUGUAAAUAGUGGUUUUGCCUUCAACAUUUUAUGUAUAGGAGAAACUGGGAUUGGAAAAUCUACUUUGAUGGAUUGUCUUUUCAAGACCACAUUUGAAGGAGAACCUCACUCACAUCAUCUUCCUGGAGUUCAAAUUGAACACCACAGUUAUGAUUUAAAGGAAAGUAAUGUGAGGCUAAAGCUGACAGUAGUGGAUACAGUAGGAUAUGGUGAUCAGAUCAACAAAGAAGAUAGCCAUACUCCUAUUAUAGACUACAUAGACAAACAGUUUGAAGCAUAUCUGCACCAAGAAAUGAAGAUAAAGAGGGCUCUAAAUACCUUCAGUGACACUAGAGUACAUGCUUGUCUGUACUUUGUAUCUCCUACUGGACACUCACUAAAGUCUCUUGAUUUAGUGUGCAUGAAAAAAUUAGACAAAAAGGUCAAUAUCAUACCAAUUAUUGCCAAAGCAGACACCAUUGCUAAGAGUGAGCUACAGGCAUUCAAAGAAAAGAUCACGGAGGAGCUGGAGAGCAAUGGAGUUGAAAUCUAUAAGUUUCCAACUGAUGACGAAACUGUAGCUGAGAUGAAUAAUUCAAUGAAUGGUGAAAUCCCAUUUGCUGUCGUGGGUAGCAGGGACGAAGUAGCUGUCAACAAAAAAAAUGUUAGAGCACGAGUUUAUCCAUGGGGCACUGUAGAAGUUGAAAAUGAGAACCACUGUGACUUCGUGAAACUUAGGGAAAUGCUGAUAAGAACCAACAUGCAAGCCCUGAUUGACAAGACCCAUGCCUUUCAUUUUGAGCUGUAUCGACGGAGCAAGCUAGAGGAUAUGGGCUUUAGUGAUGGUGAUGCAAACCACGAGCCCCAUAGUCUGCAAGAAACUUAUGAACAGCGCCGUAAGGAAUACAUGCAGGAGUUCCAAGAGAGAGAAGAAAAAAUGAGACAGAGAUUUGUACAGAAAGUUAAGGAUAAAGAGAGUGAACUCAAGAUGGCUGAACAAGAGCUUCACGCUAAGUUUGAUCACCUGAAGAAAGUGCAGGCUGAUGAAAAGAGAAAGAUUGAAGAAAAACGUCAUAUGUUGGAAGAAGAAAUAAGCCUGUUCACCAAGAAGAAAGCAGCAGUUACCGCUGCUCAAGCCUCGGCACAACAAGCAACAGCACAGGUCGCUAAAGAACAACUCAAGAGCAAGAAGAAGUAAAAACACCCAAUGUUUUUUGGUGUACUUUUUCUUUUCAUCGAUAAAUUUUAAUYGGCUAGUGAUAUAACUCGUUAUUAGUCACGACUCCGUCUGUAUUAUUAAGUAUUAUAUUAUUAUUAAAUUAAAGAACAUAUUAAGCAACUUUUCCUUAAUAUCUUAAUGAUCUUGUUAGUGCAAUGUACAAAACCUUUUAUUGAUUUGAGUUUAUUACUAUUAAAUGGUAUCCGAUAUUGAUUCAUGUGGAA